AUGGAUUCAACGACAUCCACACUUUCGAAUAAAGUAGUUGUUCCAGGCCAAUAUAUAAUCCCGACUUAUAAAAUAGAUACUACUACAAAAAAACCAGUCAAUUUCAUAUGUGGGAAAGGAACUGUUAUUAAUCAUAUAGAAAUUAAAGAUUCUAAAACAUUACCAAUUAUAUGUUCAACAAUUGUUGGAAAAACUUACGUUACUAAAUUAGAUCAACAAGAAGAUUCAAAAGAAGUACCGACAUACAUAGUCAGUGUUUACCCAAAAAAUCAUCAACCAUUACAAUCUCAACAAGAAUCACAAUUAACAACAAUUAAUUCAAACAUAAAUUUACCAAAAGAAAAUGAUAUAGUAUUAGUCAAAAUUACAAAAAUAUCUCAAAAACAAAUAUGGUGUGAAAUAAUAAGUCUAGAUAAAUCAACAAUUUUAAAAGAUUCAGGUGUGGGAUCAAAUGGAUCUAUUGCACAUUCAUCAAUACCACCAGGUGGUGGAUCACAACAUUUACAUAAUCAACAAACUAUAGCAUCAUCCAUAACAACAACACCUCAAGCACAAAUUUAUGAUUUAGGUGAAAAUUUUAAAGGUAUCAUAAGAUCUCAAGAUAUAAGAUCAACUGAAAGAGAUCGUAUAGUUGUAGGUGAAUGUUAUAAACCUGGAGAUAUAGUAAGAGCAAUGAUUUUAUCUUUAGGAGAUGGAAAUAAUUAUUAUUUAACUACUGCAAGAAAUGAUUUAGGUUGUAUAUUUGCUAAAUCUGAAGGUGGAGCUGGAUCAUUAAUGUUUCCUAUUGAUUGGCAAAAUUUGAUUGAUUUAGAUUCUGGUAUAAUUGAAAAACGUAAAAAUGCUAAUCCAUUUGUAAUAAGUUAA